AUGGAAAAAAGGUUAGAACUUUCCAAAAAUCUUUUAAAAGACGACGGAGUAAUUUUUAUAUCCAUAGGAGAACAAGAACUCGCUAACCUUAAUUUGUUAUGUGGAAAAGUUUUCGGACAUGAAAAUUUUUUGACUAUCAUGGCAAGAAUAUCUAAAACUGCUAGUAAUCAAGGAAAAUAUUUUGCUCCCUCUUGCGACUAUAUAGUUUGCUAUGCAAAAAACAAGAAGCGCAUAGAUACUAGUAAUUUUUAUGACGAAAUUAAUGAAGACCUUUAUACAAAAGAGGACGAAAAUGGUAGGUAUAGGGAUGAUAUUGCCUUGUAUCAAUCAGGGCUAACUAAAAGGUCAAACCUUAGAUAUUAUAUUCAGUGUCCCGACGGUUCGCUAGUUAUUCCGCCAGGAAGUUCAUUGCCUCCUGAAAAAAAAGAAGGCUUGCCUGUUUUAAACCAAGACGGAAAUAAGUCAAAAUACAAUAUUUAUACAAAAAGUUAUUUAGAGACAAGAAAGGAAGAAGGAAUAAAGCCGAGAAACUUUUUGAUAGAUAAAAAAUUUCUGAAUAGAAGAGGAACGGAUUAUUUGAAAACAUUAGGGCUAGACUUUCCUUAUUCUAAACCCAAAGAACUUAUUAUUCAUUUGCUUGAAAAAGUUCACUUGCCAAAGGACGCAAUUAUUUUAGAUUUCUUUGCUGGUUCCGGCACCACUGGCGAAGCAGUUUUAAAACUUAACCAAGAAGAAAAAAGUCAAAGAAAAUUUAUUCUUUGCACUAAUAAUGAAGGGCAAAUCGCUGAAGAAGUUUGUUAUCCUCGUUUAGAGAAAAUUAUCAAAGGUUAUGUCAAAAAAAAUAAAGUAGAUGAAAAUAUAAAGGGGGCUGGUGGUAAUCUCCAAUACUUCCAAACUGAUUUAAUUGCUGUCGAAAAACUUACCAAUAUAAGUGAUGAAAAAAGGCACGAACUAACUGAAAAAGCGGGGCAAUCCAAGAAUAAACUUUAUCAGUAUUUCAAUGAGGGAACUGACAUGAAUCUCAAAGACAUAAAUAACUUGAAUGAGGGAAAACUUUAUAAAAACAACAUUUUUUUUAUUAAUUGGUUAAAAAUAAAAGGAACCAAUAAAGAAUCAAAAAAAUUAAGAAAGAGUGGCGGGGUUGGAUAUGGCGGGGAAGCAAUUUUUGAUGAUUUUAUUAAACAAACAAGAAAGGAAAGAGAUUUAGUAUUAAUUAUUGAUGAGGCUCAUAUUGAAACAGAUACCCAACUUGCUAACGAAGUUAUCAACCUUUUUGAUCCACGGAUUAUUAUUAGAGUAACCGCGACUCCUAAAAUCGAACCAGGUGUUAGCGAGGUCAGACAAAAGAGGGCCGGAUUUGUGGAAGUUCCAGAGGAAGAAGUGAAGAAAAGCGGGUUAAUCAAAGAAAAAAUUGUUAUUCAAACCAAAGAAGAGAUCGAAAAAUUGUCUGAAAAAAAGCAACUUUCGGAGGAUGAAAUGAUGCUAGAACUGGCUUAUAACAAAAGACUAGAACUUAAAAAAAUUUAUGAAAGUUUGGGACUUGAUAUAAACCCAUUGGUUUUAAUUCAACUUCCGAGUGAUUUUAAGGAAAAAGAGGAGAUAGAGACUAAUCGAAAGGAUUUUGUUUUGUCAUAUUUAAAAGCCAAAGGUGUAAAAAAGAGGGAAAUUGCUAUUUGGUUAUCAAAUGAAAAGACAAAUUUAGACUCAAUUGAAGAAAACAAUAAUAAAGUGAAUUUUAUGAUUUUCAAAGUUGCUCCGGCUACCGGCUGA